UGGGUCCAAGUGUUACGUAACUACAUUCUGCUUCACUUACUUGGAGCUCCCACCACAGGAGCUCCAAAGUCACACUUAAGACGCAAGGUUCGUUUUUACUGAGAGACUUUAAACGGUUUUUUUUUUAGUUUGAUGUUGUAGGGAAGACGCAAUGGGCAGCGGGACGAGCCGCGGGACUAAAGUGGCACCUGCGGGGCUGAGCGAGGCAAACAAGGCGGCAAAAACCACCACGGAGGUCGGGUCAUCUAAACAACACACUCCGGCCCGAGCCUUUCACCUCCUGAGGAUCGACGCCCGCCGCAGGGCUCCACCGGCGGACUGUCACAGCACCGGCCACGACUCGGAGCACUCCGGGGACGACGAGGACGCGGACGUGGAGUUGGACGCCGUCCUCGCCGGCUAUGAGGAGGAGGAGGAGGUGGUGGUGGUGGAGAAAAGGAAGGGGACUUGUGUGAAGAAGAGCUCCAAAAGGUCGAGAACGUACGGACUUUGUCAUUUCAGUAGCCGGGAGGAAGAUGAGGGUCAGGAGGGGAAGUCGUCCUCCUCCUCCUCCUCAGGACUGAAGGGGGCACAAGGGCCACAUGGCUCCCGGGGAACAAACAACAACAAGAGGAGCCAUGAUCCCUUCACUGCCACGCACAACUCUUCUCCUCGUGCCUUCUUGACAACAAGACCAGCACUGGGUCUCCACCAUCCUCCACCAUCACAAAACAUUUCAGCUACGCCAGUCAUGCUGUACGAUGGCUCAGAAGAGGAACUGAUGGACACCAUCGAGAGAGACUUUAGCUGACCUUUCACUGUGUUUUUCGACAGGAAAGCUUUAACAUGUAGAGACAACACACUUCAUGUGUAACCUACCUAGUUUGAUGGAAAAAUUGUCCGCAAGGCGCAUGGUGUUGCUAUGGAAGAGAAGAGUGUUGUGUUAUGUAGAAGUGCAACAUGAGCACAUUUUGGUUAAUGCAGCCAACGUGCAAAGGAAGCCAUGUGUUUCUGGCUAUGUUUAUUUAAAGGUUCCUUCCUGACCACUUACGGAGCAUUUCUCCACCCACUGAAGGAAAGAAUGUCUGCCACAAAAAGUCUUUAUUGGACCAAACCGCUCAACUGUUAGCCAUUGAUGUCUGCUGCCACCUAGUGGUGAGAUACCAGCAUGUACGUGUAUGUCAACAAAAAAGUACCUUUUGACAAGAGUUUUAUUCGGGCCACAUUGAAAAGAAUAAAAUGGUAUUUUAACGGGGGAAAAUAAAUAUUAGUAAAACGGAAAGGCUCUUACAGAGUUGAAAUUUCGCUGAGGAUUUAAUAGUGAACGCAGCCAUUUGUCUUAUUUUUGGUGGAUUUAUUAGGCUGUGGUCUUUAUACACACGCAGCAUCAGUAUUUGGGGAAAAAAGAAGAAAGUGGAAAAAUACACCAUCUGCAAAAUGUAUGUAAGUUUUACCUAGUCCCAUAGCACGUACCACAAAAGCUAUUUUUGCGCUUGCCUUGUCUGAAUAUGAACAACUUAUGGGUAGAAUAUGCACUCUUUCUGCAACCUUCAAACACAUUGGAUGAAGAGGAAACAGGCGCUUUUGCUCGUGAAGUAAAACAUAUACCACGUGAAAUAAAUGUAGUUUGCACUACAAUAGCAAUACCAUUCACAUCCAUCACUACUUUGUAUAAUGCUGAUUUAGUGCGACCAAAACUAAUCAGGAAUGCUCAUAACAUAUUAUAGAAGCGUGGGUCAUUGCUUACAUCCAGGGCAGCCACAUUUUAGGUAGGUGUGUAAAAUUUAAAAAAGUAAUUCCAGUAUUAUCAGAGAGGUCUUAUGAAGACGACUUCAGUGAUAUAAUUCAUCCUGUGAUAAAUAUUAAGAAAGUUGGGAAUUUUAGUUUACGGGGAUCAAGAUUGUAGGUGUGACCUUUUUCUUAAAAACUUCACAAAUUUCUUAGUAUUUAUCCCAUUUUAAAAAAGGUUGGCAUUGUUGCAAAGCUUGUUAAACAAAGAAACAGAAACAUAGGUUUCACAGUUAUGGUGUAUUUCUAAUUGAUCAAAUUCAUUAAAUUAUUGUAGGAAGUGAAGGAAAACAAGAUUGGUCCAACUUCACUCGUGACGCAAGUCAUAUCACAGCGACCAGGAAAAGAAAGGUGACGGGUCUAAAAAAAUCGAUGUGCAAAUCUAUUAAUUGAAAACACAUUCGGCAGACUCCCAGAUAAAUGCAUAAUUUAUACUUUAAAAAAGUUUUAAGGAAUUUUUUACACACUAGAUUUUUUGCAGGGGAGUUUCGUCGAUGCUAAACGAGCUUUGUGGCGCGACUACUUGUCAAAAACAAAAAAAUGUAUGUUUUGAAUGAACAUGGUUAUGUGUUCUACGUCAUGAGUAUAGUGUAUAGUAGUGACGAAACAACACGUACGCAGUUGAACUCUGAAAACAGCGGUCCUGUCGCUAUUUGCGAUGGCGCAUUCAAGCGUGAAACGCUCCAAGUGACCACUGCAAAGGGCCAGCCAGCGGCGAAUACACACACCUACAAAUCUGGAACCACCUCAGGGUGGUCGGAAAUCCGACUCAGAACUCUGAAUUUCCGAUUUUCCAGUACAAAUGGAACGCACCUUGAGUGUUGAGAAAAAACAUUAUCAAACAAACAAAUUUAAAAAUUGUAGGCUUCCUAAAAAAAUGUAACAUCCAAGAUAAUAUUUAAAAAAAAAAAAAAUUGUAACAAAAUAUAAACAAUGUUAAAUAGUAGUAAUAAUAUUUAUAGAGAAAAAAAUUAAUUACAGGCAGGAAUUGCAGGAAUAAAGUGGUAAAGAGAAGAAAAGUUGAACUUGAACAUUACAUAUUUAUAAUAUGUAGUCUUAAUAAGAGCAAUCGGACAAAAACAUUGAAAAGAGGGACGUGCAGUAGAAAAUGGAUGCAAGGACGUUCUAUUAUUAAAAGAAUAUCUUACCAGAAAGUGAGAAAAAAGACUUCUGAUGAAAUAAUUCUGUUUUUCUCACACUCCCACAACAGGUGGUCUCUUAUUUAAUUUUGGGUCUGGCAGUAUUCAAAUGAUAUUUUACUCUUUUCUGUGUGGCCUUAACACUCGUCUGUGCCUUAGGUCCACUGAACGACUGGUGACUUCCCACAACAAAAUGUGUAGAGUGUGUUUCUCAAAUACAAAGAUAGAAUAAAACAUUUUUUGUGCCAUUUAAUCAUAAUGACAAGAACAGUUUUUGUUUUGUUUACAAUUGCACCAUAAUAUGAAAGGAAAAUUCCUUACAUGUUUUUACAAUAUAUAUUUUUAAAACAUAACAUAAAAAUUGUAACCAACAUUUGACGUUAAACGUUAAAAAGAAUGUAUUUCAAAAAUGAAUAUAAAUGCUAAUAAAAAUGCUUUGUUGUUGAUAUUUAAAGGA